CGCCUGUGGACUCGGUGGUAAGCAGCCCGCCCUGCUUCCUGCGCCUGCGCCACUUGCCUCCUGGGCUGAAGAAACGUGCUUGGAGGGCGGCUGCGUCCAGGCGGAAAACCGGGACACAAGGACACGAGAGCGAAGGAGGCAAUCUCUUCAGCGCCUGGACAUCAGCAUGGCCAGCAGCUACCCUAAGCUGGAGGAGAAGACCUUGCAGACCCUUCGGGAUGCUGCCAAUCGCCUUCGGAUUCACUCCAUCCGCGCCACCUGCGCCUCAAACUCUGGCCACCCCACCUCCUGCUGCAGUGCGGCCGAGAUCAUGUCUGCGCUCUUCUUCCACACCAUGCGCUACAAGCCGGACCAGCCAGGCCACCGCAGCAACGACCGCUUUGUGCUCUCCAAGGGCCAUGCUGCUCCUGUGCUCUAUGCUGCCUGGGCUGAGGCCGGCUACCUCAACGAGUCCGAUCUGCUGAAACUGAGGAAAAUCGACUGCGACCUGGAAGGCCACCCAACCCCGGUAAGCGCUUUCCUUCGUACGGCUCUGGCUCUCGGUAGUCGGUGCUGCGUAAUGGGCCCAGCGCUAGAAAUUAACCGGGGGCCAGGCACGUUUUGCAACUGGUGCACAUCCAACUGUGGAGAUCGCUGGAUGCCAAGUCGGCGACUGACAUCUCCCUCUGGCUUCCUUGAGCCAGGUGAGCAGAAGAACUUAGUUAUUGAAUCCUUUUCCUCCAAGGACUCCAUGGUUCAUUCCCCUCCUUGGUUAAUCCCCACAACAACCCUGUGAAGUAGGUGAUGAGGU